ACAUAAUAUUUAUAUCUUAGUCUUAAUCCCCAUAAUGCCACACACUGCUUCUUCAAUCGCACGCCUUUUAUCUAUUAACUGUGGCGACUAAGUAAAGAGAUUAUUAAACAACAAUAUUGCUUUCUUUUCGGUCCAAGGAACCUACACUAAUAACCAAUCUAUUUAAGUUCCUCUUCAUCAUGAAUUCAUGGCGUACACUAUAUAUGUAAUAAUAACUGUACAAACUCUUUUAUUAUUUUCCAAACCCAGUUCAUUAUAUUCUUUCUAUUCAUAUUCUACCUUAUAAGAAAGAUAAUUCAUUCUCAACCACUUUCAAACUACUCUGAAUCUGCAUUUCGUUGCUCAACUCAAAUCUCUGAGGAAUUGUAUUAUCACCAUGACAACACUACUCGGGGUGCAACUCACCAUUCAAGAUCGUCAUGUAUGUAUGUAUUAAUAUGGUGGUGGUGGAGAAUGGCAUAGUAAGAGUAACGAUUUCAAAUCCAGAAGGAAUAGUGACUGGAAUUCAGUAUAAUGGAAUCGACAACUUGCUUGAAGUUUUGAAUGACGAAUCUAAUAGAGGGUAUUGGGACCUUGUUUGGAGCUCACCAACAACUACAGGAACCACUGGCAAAUUUGACGUAAUAAAAGGAACCGCUUUCAAAGUAAUAAUGGAAAAUGAGGAUCAAGUUGAGAUUUCUUUCACAAGAACAUGGGACGUGUCCCUCAAAGACCAGCUAGUUCCUUUGAAUAUCGAUAAAAGGUUCAUAAUGCUUCGUGGUACUUCGGGGUUCUAUUCAUAUGCUAUUUACGAACACUUAAGCGAGUGGCCUGCUUUUAAUCUUGACGAAACCAGAAUUGCUUUCAAGCUCAGAAAAGACAAGUUCCAUUAUAUGGCAAUGGCGGAUAACCGACAAAGAAACAUGCCUCUUCCUGAUGAUCGAGUGCCACCAAGAGGCCAACCCCUUGCAUAUCCCGAAGCAGUUCUUUUUGGCGAUCCUCUUGAACCUGAAUUCAAAGGAGAGGUUGAUAACACUUGUGAAAACUGAGGUGUAGUCAACUUCUCGUUGAAGUUGAUAACUGAGAGUUAUUAAAUAAAAUUUAAUCAAAUAAGUCAAAUUAUUUAACGGCU